GGACACAUCACUCUCAAGCAUUCCCUUGUCUGAAAUUGACUGGCGGCCCGCGUUCCAGCAGUGAUGACGGUCGGUCAAGGCCGAUCAGAACAAAUAUUCGCCAAUCCUCUCUGUCAAAGGAGUGCUGUCCGUGAGGGCGCGGUCCGGAUUCCCAAGGGCGGAGCAACAACAGCGGAGGAGAGGGAUGAGAAAAGCCGAUUAGGAGAAUGGCCGCUGGCUGCUUAUCCCUGAAUGAGUCCCAUUGUCCUUUUGUACAGACCGCGGCCACUUUAGAGUUGUCUUGUCCUCGUUGGGCCCAGGGCUCUAUAAGAGACGGAGAAAGCGUUACAACCCUCCCUCAUUCCUCCUUCUCCUCCCCCUCCUAUCUUUGACUCUUUACACUCUCGGUCCCCCUCACCUGUGCUCUACCAUCCUAACUCAAGAUGGUUCGUCCUUGCUAUCCCGGUGCUCUGCUCACGGUCGGAGUCAUCUUUACCUUUCUCUCCGGUCAAACAUUUGCAGCCAACGUUCCCUCUGGCCAAAAAGACGCCGAGCUCAGGGCUCGCGAGAUCCUUCUCUCCCAGCUCCCUCCAAGCGUGCGAGCCGAUCUCGAGACUCGUGACCCCUCCGAGUACGAGCUGGGCCACGAGGACAUUCUCGCGCGAACAGAGCAGCAGCAGCGCGAUUUCUGGAAGCGCGCACCCCAAGGUCGGCAUCCAGACGGUUCUUCCGGAACCUCCAAUCUCAACCUCAACAGCCAGCCGUGGCGCCAACCCUACAAUCGGCAAGGCUACAUCGGCGGUUACUGGACAGAAUGCCAGGAUGGUCAAAGCGUCGCUGUGACAAUCGACGACGGUCCCAACGAGAACUGGCAGAAAGUCAAGGAAAAAGCUAUCGAUAAAUACAAUGCGCAGGGCGACCUCACUCACUUCACAAACGGCUUCAACUACGUUUGCAUCUAUGAAGACAAUUACAAGGACUGGUGCAGGGGCAUUAUUGAUGCUGGAGGCAUCCUGGGCGGCCACUCGUGGAGCCACGUCGACUUUCUCUACAACCUCACCACAGCACAGGUCGACGAGCAGGUCGGGCUUUUGGAGGAAGCCCUCUACAAACAAAAAUGGGGCUAUGAGAUUGUCCACUGGAGCAAGCAAACAGGGGACGCUGAUGGCGCGAGUAAGACAGAUCAGCUCAAGGUGUGGAGGGGUGUCAAACCUACCGACAUUCUCCUCGUCCAUGAGCAAGCUCUAGAAGGACUCGAGGAGGGCAUGAGGAUCCUUUACGAAGAGCGCAAGAUGAAGAGCGUCCCCAUCGACAAGUGUCUGGGCCUGAAGAGCCCUUACAAGAUCAAGGCGAAGCCCAAAGCUAAAGACAGCACGUGGACAUGCGACGGCAAGCCGAUUCCAGGCAAGGGAUAUGGCAUCCCACCCAACAAUUGA